GUUCUGAACCUCUGGGGCAUGGCGUGGCCCCCUGGACCCCUGUCACCAGGGAGACCAGAGAGGAAGACUCUGUGUUUUGAAUGUGAGGCGGGGGAGGGCCUAAUAAACCUGCUAGUUCCAGUAACAUAGUUUUUCUAUUGGAGGGUCAUCAGUGAAAGGGGGUGUGGCCACAGACAUCUGUCCAGUAAGUAGAUUCUGAUGUAAACAGCUGCAGUGAAGGGGAUCAAACCCCUUAGAGGAGUGGGCUAAACUGAGCUCUGUGAUACACAAUUAUUAGUCAUUAUGAAAGACUCAGUAGCGUUAGACUGUGUGUGUGUGUGUGUGUGAUUGUGACAUGUAUGGCUCUAAUAGCUGUUGGACUACAUUGAAGGCUGAAGGAGGUCUGCCUCAUUAGAUGUAAUCUUAGAUAAAUUCACCUCUGUCUCCUUAUACUAAAAAUUUAAGUUCCUCCUAAUAAUAGGUCUUUAUCUAAAGUAGGAUGUUACAGUCUUAUUAUAUCCCAUGUCUUAGUCCUUUGCUAGCCACAGAUUUUAUCAUCAGCAACCGUCUCCAAUUUAAGCAGUAUUAAACACAGGAUUUUAGAUAAUAGCCCCACAGCUAUUAACUAAUCUCAUACUUCGCACAAUUAUAUGCAACUUUUUAUCAUGGUUGAAUGCAAGUAUAUUAUCUUUUUUAAUUAACACACAGUCAGCAUUUUAAAGCAGUUUAGCGAACUUGAGAAUGUUAAUGAAGAAUGAGACCCUCUUUUUGGGGCACACAUUGCUGCUGAAUUUCUUUGCUCUAUCUGUGUGUUUCUGUUACUGUAAUGCUGUUACUGACAUGAUUUGACCUGGGGGAAAAUGCAGAGUCAAGGAGGCAGUAGUGCUGAGAUGUCGCACUGGUCACUGUCUAAGAUGAGUGUAUUUUAUAUCUGAUAUGUCAUGUUAAGAUCCCACUGAGUUGUAUGUAUGCAUUGUUGCAGAGCUGCAUUCUCUCAUGGUCCCGUGUUUCUCUGCUCCACCAGGUCACCUGUCUUCAGGAUUUCUUUGGUGAUGAUGACGUCUUCAUCGCUUGUGGCCCAGAGAAGUUCCGCUACGCCCAGGAUGACUUCUCCCUGGAUGAAAAUGGUGAGAGCAACCACAUCACUAGUAACCUACUACACCACUGUAACAUCACUAGUAACCUACUACACAACUGUAACACCACUAGUAACCUACUACACCACUGUAACACCACUAGUAACCUACUACACCACUGUAACACCACUAGUAACCUACUACACCACUGUAACAUCACUAGUAACCUACUACACCACUGUAACAUCACUAGUAACCUACUACACCACUGUAACACCACUAGUAACCUACUACACCACUGUAACACCACUAGUAACCUACUACACCUCUGUAACACCACUAGUAACCUUCUACACCACUGUAACAUCACUAGUAACCUACUACACCACUGUAACAUCACUAGUAACCUACUACACCACUGUAACACCACUAGUAACCUACUACACCACUGUAACAUCACUAGUAACCUACUACACCACUGUAACAUCACGAGUAACCUACUACACCUCUGUAACACCACUAGUAACCUUCUACACCACUGUAACAUCGCUUUUUGUGAAAUUAGCUCUUUCUGGCAAUGUGAUUGUGCUACUAUACACCGAGUGUACAAAACAUUAAGAACACCUGCUCUUUCCAUGACAUAGACUGACCAGGGGAAUCCAGGUGAAAGCUAUGAUCUCUUAUUAAUAUCAUGUGUUAAAUCCACUUCAAUCAGUGUAGAUGAAGGGGAGGAGACAGGUUAAAGAAGGAUUUUUUAAGUGGAACUGAUAGCGUUUUAACUACUUUGCAUAUAUGAAACAAACAGACAAUCAUAAUAUCAGUCAAACAUAUCAAAUUCCCAGUUUAUGCUACAAAACUAGCUUUAUAAGAGGUUUUAAAAAUACUGUAGGUUCUAUUUGACUCAACAUUCCAUGACGUACACAAAGACAUUGUUGGCAGAUUAGAUGGAUGCAGUUCAAUGCAUGAUUAAUAUAAUUCACCAAUACAUUUCUUAGUAGUCCAAUAAAAUAUUGUUAUCAGGUUGUAAAUCAUAGCUGGCCUGGUACAAUGUUUGCUACCUCAGUUCGAGAUGCACUGUUUCAGUUUCAAUGACUCAAUAUUUUGGAGAAAAACGGACGAAAGUAACUAAAGCUGGGAAUGUCAAUACAAUCAAAUUAGCAAGGGCAAUGAUCACAAGUCAAUCAUAACGUGGCUAAUAGGCUAGCGUAUCUAUUUAUGUAGCAAGCUAAAAACAUGGAGCCUAACGUGAGCUAGAUAGCUAGCUAGCUGCUAGGAGGAUGUCAUGUCAUGUCAUUGGAGGAGUGGGUGAGUGACUGACUUUUUCCCCUCAUUGUUUUUCGAUGGCUAUACACAGCUAGAGAUGCAGGUGUCAUUUGGUUAGUUAGCAAGAACUUGAACGACUGUUAUCCAGUUAGCAUAUCUCUUGGGUUCGCAAAUUCACUCUGGAUAUCUACUCCGAUUUCAGAGCACUCUCGUCUGAGUGUGCCAAUGCACAGAUUAACUGAUUAAGUUAUGCAACACCCGCUGAAUAUGGCCGGUGUCAGUAAACUUAUGCAAAACAAUAGUUAGUCACGCUCUAGAUAACAUGUAAACAGCUUAGCUAACCAGCUCUGCUAGGGCGAGUAAAAUGGUCAGAGUGAGGUGUUCUCUCAUUUGUGUCUGGAAGUAGCUAGCUAGCAAGCUAGCCAACUUUAGCCAGGCAGGCAAGCUGCAGAAGGACGUGUAGGCUACAAUUCCCCAUCGUUUAUUAGUACAAUUUUGACGGCCAACUACCUGAAAAAGCUAAUCUUGCUCAGGCUAUCAUUAGUUCUUGAUCUUGUUGUUGUUGAUACAUAACUGAGGGAGAGAGAGCCUACCUUUUCAUGUUUUUUUUUUUAUCAAUAUGACUGUAAAGUUACAAAAUGUAAGAAGGCCUACUGUAGCUCUGAUUUGCUAUGGUACACUGUUCUGCGUAGACUUCGGUCCUGGACUAGACAGAUGUUUUUAUUAGGUUUUAUUUCUUGCAGUGUCCAAACGCAUGGCCACUUUCCCACACUAUACUGCUAUAGAAUUUUCACAAAUGGCUUGGUAUACGUAAUUCCCAAACAAUCUAAGAAUUUAUUUAAACGUGAAAAUGACCAUAUCUAACUGAUCGCUUGUAAGAAAAUGUUUUUAAAAGUGUAAUAUUCUUCCUGGGGGUGUUUAUGAACAGAUUUUAAUGAGAUUUAAUGUUGCUAAAAUGCUGUCAGUUCUACUUUAAGCCUUGAGACAAUUGAGACAUGGAUUGUGUAUGUGUGCCAUUCAGAGGGUAAAUGGGCAAGACAAAAUAUUUAAGUCCCUUUGAACAGGGUAUGGUAGUAGGUGCGAGGCUCACCGGUUUGUGUCAAGAACUACAAUGCUGCUGGGUUUUUCACGCUCAACAGUUUCCUGUGUGUAUCAAGAAUGGUCCACCACCCAAAGGACAUCCAGCCAACUUGACACAACUGUGGGAAGCAUUGGAGUCAACAUUGGCCAGCAUCCCCGUGGAAGGCUUUCGACACCUUGUAGAGUCAAUGCCACAACGAAUUGAGGCUUUUCUGACGGCAAAAGGGGGUGCAACUCAAUAUUAGGAAGGUGUUCCUAAUGUUUUGUAUACUCAGUGUAUGCUCACUACUGUAUAUUUAAUUCUCUCUCACACCCACAAGUGCAGACAGGAACUCACAGGUCUGAUUUCUGAUUUAGAAAGUAAAGAAUCUAUCUGAAAUAGAAAGUUAAAUAAAUAUCUGCACCAUAGUAAACCCAGAUUUUGGCUAGAGUUAACAUAGCAGCUCAGUCCACAUGUAGGCUAGCUAGCUGUUCAAUGGAAUGACUGGUAAAUACAUCACAUAGCACAUUGUCACGAUCGUCGUAAUAAGUGGACCAAGGCGCAGCGUGAUAUGCGUACAUCUUUUAAUUAGUACUUUAUAACAUGAACAAAACGAUACGUGAAGUCCUAAGGUUAACAAAACACAAACCUCUCCGGAACAAGAUCCCACAAAUAACAAGUGCAAAACAGACUGCCUAAGUAUGGUUCCCAAGAUGACAACAAGCCACAUCUGCCUCUGAUUGGGAACCACCCCGGCCAACAUAGAAAUACAUGAUCUAGAACCUGACAAAGAAAAUUCAACAUAGACAAUCCACACCCUGGCUCAACCUAUAAGAGUCCCCAGAGCCAGGGCGUGACACACAUCUCCUUUUGUCUCUUUUUGCCCAACGCUUAGGUCUUUCACAUCAGUACUGAACUAGAGCUCAUUAUUUAGAUGGAGUUUAUGUAAAUAAGGCUUUAGCCAUGUUAAUGAGCGAUAAGUAGUCUCUAGGGUGCCUCAAAUGCCAAACAGGAUCAGGCACCACCAGGACCAUAUGGGAAGGACUCUAGAAUGGCCAUUUUAUGUUUUCAUCACAUUUCAAAAGACGGACCUACAUAGAGGACAGGUAUUUCCAGGCUACACUAGAACAGAUGACUCUUACAUACCAGAGUAAAUGUAUCAUUCUUCUCAGUGAAUGUGUGGCUUUGUGUAUCUAUGUGUGUGUGGGUAGUGUAUGUUAAUGUAUAGGCCUGCUGUGUGUGUUGUGUGCAGUAAGCAGCAGGGAGGCAUAAGCAUGGGUAGAGGAACAGCCAUUAAUCUUGGUGGUCACAGGUUUAGGUCAGAUGAUCCAGUGGUGCUGAUACUGACUCUGAAUGGAGGAGAGGAGUAGAGCACCACUGCGAAGCUUCCCUGGCUACUCCCUACAGGCUUCAAAGCCUAUUUUUGCAUAAAGUAGCUACACAGGCUCCCUCUUCCAUACCUCCACACAUCUCUCAAUAGCAGAGAGCUCAGAAAUACAGUGCCUUGCAAAAGUAUUCAUCCCCCUUGGUGUUUUUUCUAUUUUGUUGCAUUACAGCCUGUAAUUUAAAUGGGUUUUUAUUUGGAUUUCAUGUAAUGGACAUAAACAAAAUAGUCCAAAUUGGUGAAGUGGAAUGAAAAAAAUAACUUUUGAACAAAUAAAUAACGGAAAAGUGGUGCGUGCAUAUGUAUUCACCCCCUUUGCUAUGAAGCCCCUAAAUAAGAUCUGGUGCAACCAAUUACCUUCAGAUGUCACAUAAUUAGUGAAAUAAAGUUCACCGGUGUGCAAUCUAAGCGUCACAUGAUAUGUCACAUGAUCUCAGUAUAUAUACACCUGUUCUGAAAGGCCCCAGAGUCUGCAACACCACUAAGCAAGGGGCACCAUGAAGACCAAGGAGCUCUCCAAACAGGUCAGGGACAAAGUUGUGGAGAAGUACAGAUCAGGGUUGGGUUAUAAAAAAAAUAUCAGAAACUUUGAACAUCCCACGGAGCACCAUUAAAUCCAUUAUAAAAAAAUUGAAAGAAUAUGGCACCACAACAAACUUGCCAAGAGAGGGCCGCCCACCAAAAGUCACGGACCAGGCAAGGAGGGCAUUAAUCAGAGAGGCAACAAAGACACCAAAGAUGACCCUGAAGGAGCUGGAAAGCUCCACAGCGGAGAUUGGAGUAUCUGUCCAUAGGACCACUUUAAGUUGUACACUCCACAGAGCUGGACUUUACGGAAGAGUGGCCAGAAAAAAGCUAUUGCUUGAAGAAAAAAACCAAGCAAACACGUUUGGUGUUUGCCAAAAGGCAUGUGGGAGACUCCCCAAACAUAUGGAAGAAGGUACUCUGGUCAGAUGAGACUAGAAUUGAGCUUUUUGGCCAUCAAGGAAAACGUUAUGUCUGGCGCAAACCCAAUACCUCUCAUCACCCCGAGAACACCAUCCCCACUGUGAAGCAUGGUGGUGGCAGCAUCAUGCUGUGGGGAUGUUUUUAAUCGGCAGGGACUGGGAAACUGGUCAGAAUUGAAGGAAUGAUGGAUGGCGCUAAAUACAGGGAAAGUCUUGAGGGAAACCUGUUUCAGUCUUCCAGAGAUUUGAGACUGGGACGGAGGUUCACCUUCCAGCAGGACAAUGAACCUAAGCAUACUGCUAAAGCAACACUCGAGUGGUUUAUUGGGAAACAUUUAAAUGUCUUGGAAUGGCCUAGUCAAAGCCCUCAAUCCAAUUGAGAAUCUGGUGGUAUUACUUAAAGAUUGCUGUACACCAGUGGAACCCAUCCAACUUGAAGGAGCUGGAGCAGUUUUGCCUUGAAGAAAGGGCAAAAAUCCCAGUGGCUAGAUGUGCCAAGCUUAUAGAGACAUAUCCCAAGAGACUUGCAGCUGUAAUUGCUGCAAAAGGUGGCUCUACAAAGUAUUGACUUUGGGGGGGGUGAAUAGUUAUGCACGCUCAAGUUUUCUGUUUUUUUUGUCUUGUUUCUUGUUUGUUUCACAAUACAAAAUGUUUUGCAUCUUCAAAGUGGUAGGCAUGUUGUGUAAAUCAAAUAAUACAAACCCCCCCAAAAAUCCAGUUUAAUUCCAGGUUGAAAGGCAACAAAAUAGGAGAAAUGCCAAGGGGGGUGAAUACUUUCGCAAGCCACUGUAAGGGGAACUUAUAAUAUACACAACUACUGUACAGCAUCAGUGUAGGUGUGAUGUGUUUAGACAGGGUCCAUUUCCUGACCCGCUGCCUGCCCUCUCACUGGGUCCUUGUGUGAAGGAGUUGACCCGUGUGCUUUAAUGUUGUGGUUCCUUUCUUUCAGCACACUACCCCUCUGGAACCAAACCCAAAUCAGCCCAGGGGGCCUAUAAUAACCAAGGUCAGUGGGGUCAUGCCAACAUAACACUGACAUCAUAUCAUGUCUGCUGGAGACCACCCACGGCCUGGGUGGGGCCAGGGGCAGGGGAAGGAGUGGGCCCUGUCUCUACACACAACACUGACUGCACUGGUCGAAGCUGAUACAGCGUUUUCACAUAGAUAGUCCAAUCAUUACCAUACACAGACAUAUUUGGUAUAGAUUUGGAUCCUGUUGCUUUAUCAGAUUUGCACAUCAAAGUUCAGCCAGAUUUGAUGGGCCAUUGCAGGAGACAGAGGGGAGUGUAUGUAGCUCAGUAUUUAAUAAGCAUCACUAAAAGCCGAAUUGGAUCCAAUUCAAAUAGUCAUGGCAAAUGUGGACUUAACUCAAUGCCCUUUAGUUAAGGCCUGAAUACAUUAUACAUAAGCCUUGAGCAAACAUCAUAAACAUGUUGCCAAACACAGUAUGUUGUUGAACUAGUAACUGUUUUAGUUAGGGCAUAACAUGUCCAUUUUCAGAUUAAGCCAAUCUUGCACUUCUGUCACCUUUGGGCGAUGCCAUUCCUCUCCUUGGGGGAGGGGGGCGGGGGGGUGCAGCAGAGCAGGUGUCUCCUAAACACUUAAGUCCAUAGCCUAAACCACUCUGCCAGAAAGAGAGAGUGGGUGAGAGGGGUGUUAGAGGGGAGGUGAGUGUCUGAUGUGUUCUUUGAAUGUGAAUGAUUUUUGAAUGCCCGGUGGCAUUUCACACUAGCGCUGGCACCCAGGCAUCUGGCUGUGUGUGUGACUCCUGAUGGUGCGUAAAGGUUAGGAAAAGGGAGACAGCCAGACAGACACAGUGUGAUCAGCUCUCAGCAGACAGGAAGGACAGACAGACAGUGGGAUUAGCAUUUACAGAGAGAGGAGGGUGGAAGAAUAGAAAGGUUGUGCAUUACUGAGAGCACAGAGGUGGAAGAACAGACAUUCUGAGGGAGGAGAGAGGAUGGUGGAGGCAUAGAAAGGCUGUGUGGUACUCAGAGGAAGGCGGAGGCACUGUGUGGUACUGAGAUCAGAGAGAGGAGGGGGAGUGGAGAGGAAGGGGAAGAAAGGGGAGGGAGGGAGGGAGGGAGGGAGGAUGUCUACGAGUCUUUGUGGCUGUCGGCUUCAUGCUUCACUGUUUACCCUGAUUAAUGCAAUAACCCAGAAUAAACCGCAUGGCAUACACAACUACUGUACAUACAGCAAACCUCAACGCUUUACAUACACACAAUAGACUGCAUGCCAUACAAAGCUAGCACCAAACUACAGUACAAUAUCACCAAACUACAGUACAAUAUCACCAAACUACAGUACAAUAUCACCAAACUACAGAACGUAGAAUUGCUACACACACAGAAGUCACAUAGACUGAAGCUCACUAUGAAACUACUCUUUGUACAACAGACACUACCAAACUAUCACCCAAUCCCCCUUACUGAAAACAUUGCAGCAACAAUGGACUUCAUGAAAGACACCUAUGUGGCCAUAAAUGACCAUUUACAGUGUCCAGGUUCUCAUUAAGUCAGUCUGUUUGUAUGAAUGUCUGUUUCUUUGUCAAUGCGGCCUUUCAUGUGGAAGAUACUACUGUAGUUUCUGUGGCCUUUGUUUUGUCUUAUGCUCACACACUGUGUGUGUGUGUGUGUGUGUGUGUGUGUGUGUGUGUGUGUGUGUGUGUGUGUGUGUGUGUGUGUGUGUGUGUGUGUGUGUGUGUUUGUGUAUUUCUCUCCACAGAAGGGUGCAGGAUGAUGAAGAAGAAAAGUCCAGGUCCGAUCCGACGCAGCAAGUCUCCUGCUGAAUCGAGUGAGCUCAUUAUUGUCUGAUCUAUAAUGUGACUGUCCAUGGUAGCCCACACCCGACAUAGACUGGCUUCAUCACAUAGACUUUAUUACAGAGUUACUACUACUACUCACUUCCUUACUAUCAGCAUCCAUCCACCCUGAUUCUAAAUGCAGCUAGAUUUAAACCAACUGAUAUGGAUGCAUGUGGUUAUUAUUGUUUUUACAUGACAUUAACAUGAUGUGAGUUUUUCUGUUGUUUUGAUUUGGUUUCAUUUCUUUUUUUUUCUUCUGUUGAAAUAUACUUUAUGUCUGUAAUCUGAAUGUUGUUGUCCAGGAUUUUAUUGCUCAGACAGGGUAUUUAAACCCUGGUGCUCAUUGUCUGUCCUGUGAGUGAGACAGUGAGGCAGACAGUGUUUACUGGUGGGAACUGUCCUCUAAUCUUAACGCAACACCUUUUGCACGCCGCGCCGCGCCGCGCCGCGCCAUCCCAAACCCCCAAACCCCAAACCCCCACUAAUACAUAGAAAUGGGGACACAAAAAAUCCAGCCUUUGUUUGAUCAGGAUAAUCUGAACAGAUUACGAAUUACAGAAUGAUACUAAUCCAGAUCUGCUGUCCUUAAGCAUUGAUCAAAAUAUGAAAUAUGAAAAGAAAACAAAGGUAGCAGAGGAUUGUAAAUAUCUGUCUGUAGCAUUUAGAGCAGUUAUUAUCCUUGACAUACGCUGUCUGUGUCAAAGAGGGGGUCAACGAGAUAUACAGAGAUUUCAAGAGAACACUCAGGAAUGGGCAGCAGUUAUAACCACUGAUUAUAUAGGUCAGAGGGUUCACUACAUGGGUCAAGGGAUGAUGGCAUAAGAGACCGUUAAUUAGGCACUUUAUUCUCACACCUUAAACAGUUAUUAAACAUCAAUUCUUCCAGCGACGUGUACACAUAGGCUAAAACACACACACACACACACACACAGGUGCUAUCCUAGCUGACGUGUCAGGCUGGGGUGUAGUAUAGAAUGCUUCUUGGUGUCCCCCUGUCACCCUGUGUCACUCCACAGUGAGGUGGCUGGCUGGUGGCGGGUGGAUGUGAGGUCAGUGUGUCCUCCCAGCCAGACUCUGCUGCCCGACUCCCUCUCUCAGUGCUCUUUAAUAUUUCAGUGAGAGCUGGUGGGGGUCGGGGGAGGGCUUGCCCUUAAAAGCAGCAGAUGGACGGCCAAGUGGCUAGUAGUCCUCCUAAUGUGUCCAAGGUUAAACAGCCUCUUUACAGUCAAGAGGGUAGGGUGGCCGCCCGGGUGGGUGAUGGUAGAGGGAUCAGUAGGGGUGGGGAAACACUUAGGGUAGAGGUUACCAGUGUGGGCCUGUUAUGUCUGGGCUGAUGCAGCCAUAACAUGAGCAGGAGAAUGUAAGACAAAUGGCUCAAAAGAUUUAUGCACCCUGAGUUUAGACAUUCAUUAUCUCCACAGAGGCCCCAAUUUUACACCGCAGACAGACACAUUAUCAAAAUAGUACGCUUUUAAAUGACACCAUCACAUUGUUUUCUGUUUGGUUUUUCAUUAUUGUACAUGUAAGACAUCCAAAAUAUAGCCCUUUAACAAUCAUACAGUUUUGUAUGGAGUACUGAUACACUGAUUACUAGCCUUCAUAGUUUCAUAAAUGGAGGCAGAAAUACUGUACGUUGCUGUUGUUAGGGCUUGGUCUGAAAUGGUUCCUUGUAUAUUUCUGAUAUGUUUAUUGGUCUGGGUAACUGAUAUGGUUUCAACCUGUCAAGCAUCUCCUCUUAUGUACCUACCCCAAUAUUAACCCCUCUAACUCCUUCCUCCAGUGGUGGUUUGGGUUUUACUAUUUUAUUAACGCAUUUGUUUUGUUGUUUAUGUUUGUUUAGUUGUAUUGCAAAUGUUUUGUUCUUUUGAAAUAAAAGCCAUGUUUUCAGUUAUCAGUGGUGCAUGUUUCUGUUUAACCCCUGCUUCAAAAUAUGAUGUAUAUUUAAAGACUGGAAUCAGACUAACAGUUGGCUGUAUGUGACAGGAGAAGUUAAGCUCCUGGCCAUUAUACUGUCUUAUAGCAUAUAUAAAUACACCCAUAGACCAAUCUUCUGAAAUAGGCAUUGACUAGAAUAGAUUAAGCAUAUCUUCAUUGUCUUCCUCACCUAGUUCUGUAGGUACUGCUUUCAUGUCAUUCUCUACAUGACACUGCUACAUUUGAGGCCUUCCUUGGCUUUUUAGUUUAGUUUUUCUGGUUGAGUUAAAUAUACAUUUUAGGUCUGGAUGAAGUAAUAAUAAAGUAAUAUGCCAUUUAGCAGACGCUUUUAUCCAAAGCGACUUACAGUCAUAUGUGCAUAAUUUUUUUAUUUUUUUAAAAUUUUUUAUUGUAUGAAGAUAUGAACUUCAUUGCAUUAGAGUUGGCUUAGUCUGUAAAGCUCUUCCUCCACUGUACCUGUUUACAAUUCAGACUGGCUGAGAGGCUAACCAUCUGUUUCAAAGUCUUUCCUUAAGGAUUCUGUUUUUCUCUUAAAGACAAAAGCCUUUUAAAAAGUCUUACUACACAAACUACGACACAUCACACCACUCUCAGAUGUAAACACUGUCUAGGCCAGGGGUAUCCUAGCAACCUGCCACAGCUGUAGAGUAAUGGCCAAACGUCCUCCAGCAGAGAACAAACAGGGACCCGGUCAGUCAGUCAGUCGCCCAGAGAGACUCUGUCUACAACCAAAUGAGGGCAAGGGCCAGGAAUGACCCUACUCUGGGGCCAAGGAGUCCUGGCAUACACGCUGUCUAAUUCAUUGGUCUCUCUCUCUUUCUUUCUCCAUUUACCUCUCAUAUUCUCUCUCUUUACACCUCCCUUUCUUUCUCACUCCAUCUGGGUUCUCACAGCCAAUGGGACGGGCUCCAGCAGCCAGCUCUCCACCCCAAUUUCCAAGCAGUCCCCCACCUCCACCCCCAACAGCCCAGGCAUCCACCGCAAGCAGAAGGUACCCCAUCCUGUCCACUACCUAAAUAUCACUACCGAUCCCUCCCUCUCUCUUUCCUCUCUCUCUCUCUCUCUCUCUCUCUCUCUCUCUCUCUCUCUCUCUCUCUCUCUCUCUCUCUCUCAUACUGCACCUAAAGGCCCAAUAGCUUAGCUCAGAACUCAUUGAAGAGGAUCUGUCCCCUAGCUCAUUCAGAUAAUGAUCCUCCAUGUUUUUCUCUGUAGGAUCUCUACCUGCCCCUAUCUCUGGAUGAUGAGGAUUCUCUUGGGGAGUCCAUGUAGAGCCUCCUGUCUGUCAGCUGCUGCCUGCCUACCCGUCUCCCCCUGGCCUGCCACUCGGAGGUAUCUCUGGUGCUCUCCACCUUCACUAACGGCCAGCGCCCUCUAGUGUACUGUCCGGGAGGACUUCUCCAUUUGAUCUCUCCCUGGUGCCACAUGUUAUGUCUAUCUGGCCUUGGCCACCACGGCUGUUCCACCUUUUGCUGCUUGAGAAUUCACCACUAGAUCUUGUUUUUUAUAUCCUAUGUUGUUAAGAAUGUAUAUGCUGGGCGUAUACGACAAUGAUAUACGAAUUACCGCAUCUAACAAAUUCGCCAAAUCAUUUUAUUGUGUGAAAGUCCAAUGUUUCUUGUUAUGCUCUCAGAAGGGGAGAGACAUAAUUUACUAACAAGCAAUUUCAAAAAGGCAGUUCCCACAAUGUAACUACAAAAGUGUAUUUUUUUCCAGUUGAAAACCAUUCAUUCUGAUAUAGGGCAAAUCACACAUUUCUAAGAUUUUUCCAAAUUCAAGUGCACAAUUCCAAGCAGCAAAUGGACUAUUUCUCUGGGGUGUAGUAGUCAGUAGUCAAGUUUUGCUCAUAAUGUCCCUCUGUGUCCUCUCUCUUUCUGUGCUAUGGUUCAAGCUGUUAAAAGUAAUGAGAACAUUUUUAGGGGAAGGCUCUUUAGCCAUGAGAGGUGAAUGUCCUCCUUUCAUCUACUGUAAAUACUGUGUAUAGCCAUUGCAACAUCCCAGCUAAUACCUAACAUUCAUAACUAUGCUUUCAUAAAACGUCAAUACAACGUCUGCCAAACGUUGAAUCAACAUAACAUGUUUUCUGUGUAUUAUCUAUCUAUGAGGUCUUCAAAAACUGCAAGGCACAGUGGAGCCAAGCAGCUCUGAAACCGUGGGCAUAUAAAGUAGGGGUACUGGGGGAAGUCCUAUUAGUGUGUACAGACCAACCAAAGCCAGAAAAAAUGUGGCCCUUUUUAAAACAAACAAGCACAUCUUUUUUUAAAUUAAAUAACGGUUUAGGAUUCUUAAAUAUAUUUUAGUUAUGAUUACUUUAACUCCUUAUUUUAACUGGUUCUAAGAUGCAGACUUCAAUGGAAAUGUGAUAAAGCCAGGUGUACUAUAUUGAGGGAAGUUUAGAAUAAAUUAUCAUUACAAUAAAAAAAUUCAAAGCCAUAGUAUAUAUUGUAUCAAGCAACAUGGAAAUCUAAAAUGUAGAUAAUCUGUAAUUCCCCCAGUGGAGACAUACCUGUCUGCUACAUGUACUGUCUGUUUGUUACUGGGGCCUCCCAUGAGGCCAAUCUGACCAGACCAUGUCCAUGUAGGGUAAAUAGAUUUUCACCAGCACAAAAAACAAUAAGUAGAGCUUCUCACAUUUUGCAUGGCUAAAUCUUUUUUCGUAGUGCUUAAUGAUUGAAUACAAAGUUUAGAUAGGAGGAAAUUGAAUUUUUUGUUCCAAAAAAGUACCAUAAAAAAAUUAUAAUGUUAGAAGUAAUAUAUAUGUCUAAAACAUUGUUCCUUUUCUUGAAGAAUAACACAUGAAUGGUUAUAGUAACGGCAAAAUCUGAUGAACACAUCAUUGUGUUAUAGAAAGUGAAUUAGUGCAGGCACAGGGACAUUUUUCUGUGGCAGUCGUCCCAAAGAAUAGUGUGAAAUACUAGACCAAGUAUUACGUAUGUAAGGUGAUCCAGUGUGAACCUCUCUCUGGAUCUGACCCAAAUGAGCAGCACAGCACACUCUCGACUACUUACACCCUCCACCUGCAGGGAGUGAUGUCACUGUGAUGUCAGCACUACAGCUGCAGGUCCACUUUUACAUCUUCUGGGAAUCAACACUUUGUAAAAUAAAAGUCUUUUCUGGAGAAUUCAGUUCUAUUUUAUCUCACCAGCUGUUCGAUAUCUUGUCUCUUUGCCCCAGAUUUUCUACAGCUGAACAUUAACAGUGUCAGUCAGUUGUUUUGUGUGAAGCUGCCGCCACCAUAUAACACAGGAGGUGUGGACCAAGCUCUCACCUCCAGUGGUGCCUUUUUUUUGAUUGCCGUCUUUUGAUAAAAAAUUAAUAAAAAAACAGGAAAACUAAGACAUGUCCUCUUUGUUAACAAACUAUCUGUAAAGCAUUUUUAAAUGUCUUGAAUUGUAGAGCUGCCGCCAGCGCAGUGUGAGCUCUCAUACAUUGUUUUGUAGAAUGCCAGGGUAACUUUAUCAUAGUGCAAAUGUACUCUCUUUCUGUUCUCUAUGAAUGCAUUUCUGAUGGAAUGACUUGGGUUACUGGGAAAUGUACAAUGUCCUCUUUAAUGGUGUUUUUGCAAUGUCACAGUGGCUUGUUUCAGUGCUUCAUUCUAUGUAUUAACCAAUUCCCUUUUGCAAUUAAAGGAGUUGUAUUCCACCUCCCGUUCUGGCUGUACUCCAAUGAUGGCUGUUUGCUCAAUCUUAAUAGAACAACACAAUUUUACAUUUCUGUCUCAUUGUUUUAGUCACACCACUACCAUACAUACAUACCAAUCCAUAUUCAUAUCCAUCAAUCUUAUCACGAUGAAGUCGCAUCACAGUCCAUCUCCAAGCUGUUUUUGAUCAUUACUACUUAGUGAACAAGGCGUGGUCUGUGCUGCAAUGAAUUCUACUGUGUAAUAUUUGCAGCAGUUCCUCUUCACUGUAUUCUGAAGACAUACAACCUUGAGUGAAUUUAGAAGGAAUUUUAAAUGAUCAUAUCACCCUUUAAAAAUAGCAAGGGAAACAACUAUGAUAAGUGACCAUGGUAACACAAAACAGGCCCUAUCCUAUACCUAUGUCCCUUGGUACAGAUUUUGGGGUUGUAUUUGAUGGUGUCCAUGUGAGUGUAUUUUAUUCUGUGUGUGUGCGCAUGCAUGUGUAAGUGCAUGCAUGUGUGUGUCUGCAUGCGUGUGUACGCAUGUGUGUUUAUGGUAGGGGGAAGUCUGGAUGAGACAUCAAGAGGAACAAAAGAGCAGACACUGUGUGAAAAGCAUGGUAUUACUAUUCUGUUCAUGAUCACCAUUUUGGCCGUCUCCGUCACCAUGGUAACUGGGAGUCUCUCUCAAAAGUAAACAUUAAUCUCCAAUUUAAACAGGGUGUCUGGGAAAUGAAUUGCACUGUACACUACCGGGGACUGCUCCCCACAUUUACACUGCUUUCAAUGCAGCUGAGACAGUGGCACAUUAGUAGACCUGCCGGAACUACUGCCAAGCACUGAACCACUGCUACUGCUGUUCUGUACUGUUUCCUCUGGUAAAACCUAACCAGACGUCUGGAAGACAUUCUGUCUCACCAAAGACCACGUGUCCAAGACAGUCAUAAAGACAGAAUAGCAUGUCAAUUAUUUUCAAGUAGUAAAUGCAUCUAUAGACAGACAAAAGCUGUCUAAAUCCAUCAUAUAAUUUACUACAGUAUAUCUUAAAUGUUAGUGAUGAUUUACCAAGAUUUAGGAGAAUGCAAGUGCAACUAAGGGCUCUAUUCAAUCUGU